CAUGCAUGGCGCGUGCAAAGCGCGCGAGUCAGUGGCGCUGGGUGGACGCGACAGAUGGUUGUGUGUGUACGCACUAUUAUUAUUGAGUGAAACUUUGCGUGUUGUGAACUCAGUGAAUUAUUUGUUGUAAAUCAUCGAUAUCAAAAUAAAUUGAUACCGGCAUCAUGGAUCUGUGAUCACUAUCCAGAUGGGUGACACUCAGACUAAACGAAAACAGACUAUAAUGAGUGCUAAAUUACCAAAAAUACAAUAAAAAAUGCAUUUUAAUUCCAAUACCAGUGUUAAGUGUUAGUGAAGUGCGCAUUAUCGAUAAAAUGGAAGCGAAUUACUCAGAUAUCGACUUGCAUAAUGGCACGUUUUACCCGACGGAGGCCACGAUACUGGCCGCGGUGUGCGCCUGUGUUUUUAGUGUUGUCGGCGUUGUCGGCAACCUGGUAACAACAGUGGCCCUGCUCAUGCACCCGAAGCUGCGCGGUCACGUGACCACAAUGUUCGUGCUGUCGCUCUGCGUGUCUGACCUGCUGUUCUGCGCCAUCAACCUGCCGCUUACCGCGAACCGGUUCAUCAAGCAGCACUGGAGCCUCGGCCCGCAGCUCUGCCAGAUGUUCGCCUUCGUGUUCUAUGGGAACGAAGCUGUUUCGCUCUUGUCCAUGGUCGCUAUCACUAUAAAUAGGUACACGCUGAUAGCGUACUACGACAUGUACUCGCAGAUCUACACCAGCACCAAGAUCUGGAUACAGCUGCUGCUCAUAUGGAUCGUCUCCUUUGGAUUCAUGGUGCCACCUCUCCUCGGCGUAUGGGGCCAACUAGGGCUGGAAAAGAAUACGUUUUCGUGCACGAUCUUGCCGAAAGACGGCAAGUCGCCGAAGAAGUAUCUAUUCGUGUUCGGGUUCGCGCUGCCGUGCGUGGUGAUCAUCGUCUCUUACUCAUGCAUCUACUGGCGCGUGCGCGAGAGCAAGCGGAAGUUAGAAGGGCGCAGGUGUGUAUGUGGCAAACUGAGCGGACAAACAGCCAAAGAAAAGGAAGAGGACUCGCGCCUGACAACUCUGAUGCUGACCAUUUUCCUCUGCUUCUUGGCUUGCUUCCUGCCACUGAUGAUCAUGAACGUGGCCGACGACGGCAUCACCUACCCCUGGCUGCACAUCAUCGCCUCGAUCCUGGCUUGGGCUUCCAGCGUCAUCAACCCUCUGAUAUACGCAGCAACCAACCGCCAGUACAGGGCUGCCUACGGGAACUUAUUAAAAUUUUGUAAAAGUACCACAGUGGCUCGAAGGACCACGUGGGGUAGUCGGACUGUCGGCCAUUCGUCCAAUUCCCCUAAUUAUGGGGAUAAAAGGAACCCGAAAGAUAAACCCGCUAACUUAUGAAUCUCAGUUUAGGCUUUUGACUUCGGUGUUUUAGUUUGUAGCGUCCAUGGACGUUAUUUUAAAAAAUCGGGUAGAUUAGAAUUUUCGAUCCGAGGAAAACCAGAUUUUUUUUUAUUAAAAAAGUAUAUUUUUUCAUUUGGAAAAUGUUAAAACGUAGUGCCCUUGGAAAUCCGCCAUCUGCAUCUAUGGUUGAUUUGACUUAAUCAUCAAUUAUUACGAAAUAUGAUUUUGUCAUCCAAAAUCGAUUGUAAAUUACGAAAUAUACAAGAUUAGUAUUUAUCCCUACGAAUGGAAUUUGACACGUACUGAGCUUUGGCCUCACAUACAGUGCCCAGGCAGUGAGAGGGCGGUUUAAAAAAACAUAGAUCACUCCAUAUAAAUCCCGGCUUCACCACUGCCCGGACACGGCACGUAACUGAAAGCCGCUACUCACGACGACUUACAAGCCGUCACUAUGCCUAGCAUUUACAGCGCAAGAAUGUUCCAAAAACUUCCAACUACUUAUAAAUACUGAAAAUAAUCACUUCUGUAAAAUAAAUGUAAAUAUAAUUUAAUUAUAAUAUAAUUAUAAGUAGAAUAAAUAGUGUAAGUAAACACCAAUCAUAACAUAACCAAAGUUAACAUUACCUUCACAUUAUAGUUACGAUGUUUAAGCAUUUGUUAUUUUAUACAAUUAUUUACAAGUUGCAUUCCUUUAGUGAUAUUUAUGUUUAGUGUAAGGUUAGUGUCAGACCAAUGAUCACAAUGGAAAGGAAACAACGAUUUCGAAGAAUAAAUCAUUAUAUUUGUA